CAGCUAAUCCCCAUCGGGCCUGGCUACAUCUCAUCUCUCUCCCUCUCCCCUUCUUCUCCAUCACCGGCCGCCGCCACAGCCAGGCCGGCGUGGUGGUGAGCCAUUCACACAGCGCCACCAUCUCCUUCUCCUCCCCGAAGCCAUCCAUCUCCACCGUCCGCGCCCAGCGCCAACCAGCACCGCCUCCAUCCAUCACCCAGCACCACCACUACUCCUCCUACCUCCAGUGCCUACAUCCACCACACCAGCCGCUCCCUCACGCGCUGCAUCAGACACUCCGGCGCGAGUGUCUGGUCACCCGCGUGAGUGCGCCACCCAACUCCUUCGCCUCGGAUCCAUCUCGCAGACCACCAGUGUGCCACCACCAUCGCCAACUCCCUCUUCCUUCUUCUGCUCUCUGCCUGCUGCUGCUUCUUCUUCCCACGCCCCUGCUGCUGCUUGCUCUCUCAAUCUCUGCUACUACUUCUCCAUCUCUUGCUGCUACUUCUUCUUCUCUGAACCUCAUUUCUUCUCCUUGCAUCCCCUUGUUGCUGCUCCAUUCCCAAACUGCUGCUACCUAUUCUUCUUCUUGUCUGAACCUCUGUCCUUCCCCUCGUUGCUGCUCCUCACUUGCGCCAGCUGCUCCUGUUCCCUACGCCUCUGCUACUGGUUCUUGCUUCUCUUCUGAACCUGAAGCUCUCUCUCUCUCUCUUAUCUCAAACUGUUGUAAACUUUAGAAGUGUAAUGUUCAGAAUUUUGUAAUUUUCAGGGUUGUGUAAUGUUCAGACUUGACAAGUUCUAGCAACUCGUUAUUUGUUCAGUUUAGUACCUGUAUAAUAAAGUACUUGUUAUGUUGGACCUGACUAGUUGAGGCCUUGUUAAUUUGGGUGAUAAUUGAUCUAUUAGAAUGUGCUUCUGUGUAUUACUAUUCUGCUAGUAUAUGUGCGUGUUCACCUUGUGUACUAAUCCCCUUUCCUAGUUAUCUUCCAGUACUUGUCAACUUUGUGUGUGUUUGAUUUUCAGUCCAUAUGUUAGCUCAAGUACCUGUGCCAUAUAAAUAUGUGUGUGUGCUUGUGAUUUAAAUAAUCUGUUUUCUGUUCAGUAAUUCAUACGCUUGCUAGAUAUAUAUGGUCAUGUCUUUUGACUUCCCUUGUCACUAAUAUUAGCCUUUCAGUUUCUAUAAUAAUAUGAAAAUACCAAAAAGACAGAGUAAAGAUAAUCUUCAUCUCCCUUUGCUUCUGUCAUUUUCUUUGUUGAUGAUCCUUGUCAGUGUUAGGUUUAUUUUCUGUUUUCAUCAUUCAUUUGGGUCACCUAGCUUUAGUCGAACGUAGUUGCCGCCGCCUAGUCCCUGUGGAGAACACGACAUCCGUAGUUUGGGGCGUAAAAACCCCGCUAUAUUACAAUUGAUCAUUUUGGCGCCGUUGCCGGGGACUAGUGUCGAGCGCUUGUGUUAGGCUAUAGACUAGAUUUACUUUAGUUCCUUGUUCAAUUCGUCGUGUAUUUCAUCUUCAGUGUUUUUCUUCUACUUUCCCCCAUUGUUGCUUCGGCUUAUUAGGAUACUAACCUUCUGACUAGUGCUUACUGUUCAUGAGUGUGUGUAGGGAAUCAUAAAUCUUUGCUAGUUGUUCUCUAGUUACACUUGGUUAAGAUAUGGCAUUGCUUCGUGAUCUUUGGAUGCCAAGUAGUCAAUGUUAUAUCACAGGACCGGUUUGGCCAACUAUUGAGGCAGAGAAUUUUGAGAUGAAGCCUGGUCUUAUUGCUUUGGUUCAACAACAACAGUUUGGAGGACUGCCCACUGAGGAUCACUAUGAGCACUUAUACCGAGUCAUGGAGUAUUCAGGUACAGUCAAGUACCAUGGAGUUCCUCAAGAUUCUAUCAAGUGCAUGUUGUUCUGAUUCUCUCUCCGGGAUGAUUCUCGUGCUUGGUAUCGACCCUUGCCAUCAAGAUCAUUCAGUUGGAACGAGAUAUCACAAGCUUUCUCCACUACACAAGCAGUCCGCAAUUUGAGAUGAGAUCCUCAGCUUCGUUCAACAUGAAGGCGAGAGCUUGUAUGAUGCUUGGGAGAGAUACAAGGCUUUAUUCAGGAGAUGUCCUAACCACGGGCUCGAGAGAUGGUUAGAGCUGCAAAUAUUCUAUAGAGGAUUGACUUGGGACACUCGAGCUUACGUCGAUAUGGCAGCGGGCGGAGCUAUUACAAACAAGACACUUGAUGAUGCUUUUCUGCUGAUUGAGAGCAUAGCUUUCCACCAACUUCAGUGGUACAAUGAUAAGCCCACCUCUAAUUCAUUGGUUUGCUUGCAACAAAUCACUACACCUCAGCCGCCAAUUCUUACACAAAAUCCUGAACCUCUAUCUCAGUGUGACAAGAUUGAGCUUGCAUGGAUUAUCUUUGACGAUGAUGACACCAUUCUAGUUGACACACGCGCUACAGAUCACAUGGAUACUAGUGUUGGAGAUUCAGUUUUGCAUUGUGAUGAUUCUUCCAUGGAUGAGCCGGAGCUGCAGUUAGUUGCUUUUGAUAUUGAGGAGUCACCUUUAGUUCAUAUUGAGCAUGUGCUGGUAGAGCCAGAUAUGGAGAAGUUCUCCUUCGAUGAUGUCAGCUGCAUUAAUUCCUCAACACUUGAGCCUGAGAUGGAGAGCUUCAUGGUUGACUAUGAUGAGGUGGAUUCAGAUGUCAAGGAGCCAAGCUCUACUAUUUCACUUGUUGACAUGAGUCCAGUGGAAAUUUCUACAAGCACACCUCACUUGGUAUCUUCAAUUGAGGUAGUCCUGAAGGUUCUUCCUAACUAUCUCAGGUUUACGCUUUUGUACCAUUCAUUGUGGGUUGACCAAGUUCGAGAUGACAUCCCAUGGGAUCCUGGUGGACUCAAAGCAUGGCGAUGAGGAGAAGCAAGGGGGCACACACGAGGAAGGGAGAAGCUGGAGCAGGCAUGAGGAUAGAGAAGCAAAAGGAGAGGAGCUGCAGUUGGUGAGGUGAUCGAGGGAGUGCUACUUCAUUAAGCCCGGUGAGCUAUUUCAUGACCCAUUCUGAAUAUCAUAAAUACAUGCUGAAUUCAAUUGCUAGUUGGGUUGCUUGAGCCAGUUAUUACUUGUUGUCAAGCUGAAUUUCACCUUUGGCAUUUUGCUUGAUGUGAAUUUGUGAACUUGAUUUUUGAAUGCCUUGUAAACUAGUGAUCUACACCAUGCAUGCUUUGCUGAAAUUAGUGAAAGUUAUUAGUUUUGAGUGCUCAAAUCCCUAGUACACUAGAAAACUUAAUCAUUUUCUACUUUUACCUCGAUACACCUAGAUCACCACGUUUAGAUGCUGAAUUUGUGCCAAGUGUCUUCCCAUUGAGAGCAAUCACCUAACCACUAUGGAUUAGCAUGCUAUGUUCCCUGGAUCGGUAGCAUGUGAACCAGGCAUGGAGAAGUGAUGAUUCCUGUUUUUGUUCUUAUGCGUUGUUCAUUUAAGUUAAGUAAUAAUGAAUAAAUAAGUCUGGCUACCUACAGUAGCAUGUCAUGUUCCCGGGAUCGGUGGUAUGUGAAAUCAGGUUAGCUUGGGCAGUAAUUAAUUAUAAUAAAAAUGUAAUUCUCGAACCAGGUGUAUACCAUGUUCUCGGGAUCGGUGGUAUGUUCCUUUGGGGAGACAAACAAAAAAUAUUAACAAAAAUUGGUUGAGCCAGGUGUAUACCAUGUUCUCGGGAUCGGUGGUAUGUUCCUUCGGUGAGACUAAUGAAAUAAUAUGUGUGUUUCUUUCAAAUUCAAUAAGUGGUUCAACCACAAAGUCAUAUUUCUGCAAAUAAGAGAUUUAAUUCCAGUUCUUUUUGUUCUCGGGAUCAUGCUCUCUUUAGGAACCAUUUGGCGCAGUCAUCAUUUAAACUUGUUGAUCCUCUUUUAUCAUUGUAAAAGUUUAAAAUGGUCAUGCUUACUAGUAUCUUACCGCUUUGAAGCACUCCUAACCAUUAAUUUUUACUAGCUAAGUCCAAAGCAUGCACUGUUUAGGCAUCUACUUCACUUGGUAUUCUCUAGUCAGCUCACUGUUCACAUUCUUGCUCUUGUCAUAUGCCUUUGCUUGAGGACAAGCAAAAGUUUAAGUGUGGGGGAACUUGAUAAGCACAUUUCAUAUAUACAAUUUUGGCAUAGAAAUAUAUUAUUUAUUGAGAUAUGACCAUCAAUUCUUGCUGUGAAAUAUUGAAUAUUUGCAUGAAAAUCAUAUAAAGUAUCAUUUACUAGUCAUUGUGUUUCUUUUGCAGAAAAGUGCGCAAAGGCACUAUAAACUUCAAGAUCUGGACUAGUGGCUAAGAGAACCAGUCAAGUGAAAAGGAAGAAGAAAGACAGAGGGACUUGUGUGUGAAGAAAUGAUGCUCCAUGGGACAAGUUAAAGAAGAAAGGGACCUUCUUAUGAAGAAAGAAGAAAAGCAGAAGGGCCAAAAUUGCAAAGUGGCAGAUCAGAGGAGGGGUCAAAAUCCCUAGCGGUAGCUAAUCCCCAUCGGGCCUGGCUACAUCUCAUCUCUCUCCCUCUCACCUUCUUCUCCAUCACCGGCCGCCGCCAUGGCCAGGCCGGCGUGGUGGUGAGCCAUUCACCCAUCACCACCAUCUCCUUAUCCUCCCCGAAGCCAUCCACCUCCACCGUCCGCGCCCAGCGCCAACCAGCACCGCCUCCAUCCAUCACCCAGCGCCACCACUACUCCUCCUACCUCCAGUGCCUACAUCCACCACACCAGCCGCUCCCUCACGCGCCGCAUCAGACACUCCGGCGCGAGUGUCUGGUCACCCGCAUGAGUGCGCCACCCAACUCCUUCGCCUCGGAUCCAUCUCGCAGACCACCAGUGUGCCACCACCAUCGCCAACUCCCUCUUCCUUCUUCUGCUCUCUGCCUGCUGCUGCUUCUUCUUCCCACGCCCCUGCUGCUGCUUGCUCUCUCAAUCUCUGCUACUACUUCUCCAUCUCUUGCUGCUACUUCUUCUUCUCUGAACCUCAUUUCUUCUCCUUGCAUCCCCUUGUUGCUGCUCCAUUCCCAAACUGCUGCUACCUAUUCUUCUUCUUCUCUGAACCUCUGUCCUUCCCCUUGUUGCUGCUCCUCACUUGCGCCAGCUGCUCCUGUUCCCUACGCCUCUGCUACUGGUUCUUGCUUCUCUUCUGAACCCGAAGCUCUCUCUCUCUCUCUCUUAUCUCAAACUGUUGUAAACUUUAGAAGUGUAAUGUUCAGAAUUUUGUAAUUUUCAGGGUUGUGUAAUGUUCAGACUUGACAAGUUCUAGCAACUCGUUAUUUGUUCAGUUUAGUACCUGUAUAAUAAAGUACUUGUUAUGUUGGACCUGACUAGUUGAGGCCUUGUUAAUUUGGGUGAUAAUUGAUCUAUUAGAAUGUGCUUCUGUGUAUUACUAUUCUGCUAGUAUAUGUGCGUGUUCACCUUGUGUA